CCUCAGCCUGGGUAUUGGCCGCCAUCUUGCUGUCAGUCUGUGCGGAAGCCGCUCCCGAUAUAGGACAUGGCUGCCCGGCUCCCGGCCUGUGUGGUAGACUGCGGCACGGGAUAUACGAAGCUAGGAUAUGCUGGAAAUACAGAACCGCAGUUUAUUAUACCAUCAUGUAUUGCCAUAAAGGAGUCGGCCAAAGUUGGGGACCAAGCUCAGAGACGUCUCAUGAAGGGCGUGGAUGACCUGGAUUUCUUUAUUGGAGAUGAGGCAAUAGACAAACCAACAUAUGCAACAAAGUGGCCAAUUCGUCAUGGAAUUGUGGAAGAUUGGGACUUAAUGGAGAGGUUUAUGGAGCAGGUUAUAUUCAAGUAUCUAAGGGCUGAACCUGAAGACCAUUACUUCCUCCUGACUGAGCCCCCUCUGAACACGCCAGAAAACCGGGAAUAUACGGCAGAGAUCAUGUUUGAGUCCUUCAAUGUCCCAGGGCUAUAUAUAGCUGUACAGGCUGUACUUGCGUUGGCAGCAUCUUGGACAUCCAGACAGGUGGGCGAGCGCACACUUACUGGCACUGUAAUAGACAGCGGAGAUGGAGUCACUCACGUCAUUCCAGUGGCUGAGGGUUACGUCAUUGGAAGCUGCAUUAAGCACAUCCCCAUAGCUGGGAGAGACAUCACGUACUUCAUCCAGCAGCUGCUCAGAGACAGAGAAGUUGGGAUUCCUCCUGAACAGUCCUUGGAAACGGCAAAAGCUGUAAAGGAACGCUUCAGCUACGUCUGUCCUGAUUUAGUUAAAGAAUUCACAAAGUACGACACAGACGGAAGCAAGUGGAUCAAGCAGUACACAGGGGUCAACGCCGUGUCCAAGAAGGAAUUCAGCAUCGAUGUCGGCUACGAGAGAUUCCUGGGCCCCGAGAUCUUCUUCCACCCAGAGUUUGCUAAUCCAGAUUUUACCCAGCCCAUCUCGGAGGUGGUGGAUGAAGUUAUUCAGAAUUGUCCCAUCGAUGUUCGGCGUCCACUUUACAAGAAUAUCGUCCUCUCUGGAGGUUCCACCAUGUUCAGAGACUUUGGCCGUCGCCUGCAGAGAGAUUUAAAGAGGACUGUUGAUGCCAGGCUGAAGCUGAGCGAGGAACUUAGCGGUGGCCGACUCAAGCCGAAACCCAUCGAUGUGCAGGUAAUUACGCACCACAUGCAGAGAUACGCGGUCUGGUUUGGAGGGUCCAUGCUGGCGUCCACACCGGAGUUUUAUCAAGUUUGCCACACCAAAAAAGACUAUGAGGAGAUUGGGCCAAGUAUCUGUCGUCACAAUCCAGUGUUUGGGGUCAUGUCUUAAAUCCGGUGACCGGUGAUGGGGAGCUGCUUCCUAUAUCUCGUCCGCUGCCGGGGAAGGGGUGCUGGGGUGCAGCUGGUUGGCGUACACCAGUCCCUUCCGAUCAUAGCCAGGAGUUCUCUUCAGAUUGUGGUUUAAUAAAAGCGCUGGGUUGUUAGUUCUGUGCCCUGGUAUUUUGUAUGGACUUAAUCUCAUCGUCUAUGUAAACAUUGGUUGUUCACACAUUUGUAUGGGGACAUAAUGUGUGUCACAUAUUUAGACCAGCGACCAACCUAUGCGGAGCUUCCUGUGACUGGUCAUGGGAGACGUUUGCCGGCUUUUUGUAUCUUUUUAUUGGGACCAAUUUGUAGGUUUUGGUUCCUUUAGUGUACGACCUGGAAACCGAGAGCUUCUAUCAUACGCUGUAUUCUGUCUGCUUGUCUCCUGGACACAGACAGGCCUUCUGUUCUUCGCUUGCACACACGGCUCGGCCAUACCGGCAAAUGUAUGGUCACUUUUGAUUAAAAUAAUGAAUUGGUAAGGUUGGUUUGUGAAGCCUAAAAUUUAUUCCAAUAAAGACCACGGUAUCUUUUUUACAA